AUGCGGCCAGGAGGUCCGGGGGCGAGUCAGCCAGUCAAGGACGCGGAGGGAAUCAGGGCCGAGCGCUCGUUCCCGCGGUACGAAUCCGUCCUUCUUCGUCGAUUGGCCUCUGGGUGGGGCUAUGUGGAGGCGCGUGCACUUAAGCGGGAGCCCGCACGUCAGAUGCAGCAGUCGGUUGUGCAAUCGACGCUUGAGAGCACUCCUGGAUUGCCUAAACCUGCGAAAUCGCCUAUCGACACUGGGUCCUAG